UUAACCAUGAAGUAACAAAGACAUAGUUUUUUAUUGAUCAAAAAGGACAUUUCUGGAAUCAUGGCCCCUAUUUCUGAAGAAGAGGAGAACUAUGUCCGAUUAGCCUUGUUAUUGAAAGGUGUGUCACCAACAGCAGUCCGUACUUAUUUUGACAAAGAAUUUCCACCUACUUAUCUACCCUCAACGCUGAACAAAAACUACAACACUCUUUUAGAUUUGAAAUUAAAGAGAAUUCUGAACCAAGCUCAAUGGAAUCUUUUGAUUCCAAGAAAUGGGGUACCUGAUUCCAAAACAUUCGAUGUAACGUUGAUGAUAAGUUUAAUCAGAAACUUGACAUCUGUCGUACCACCAAUCAAUGGUUUUGACAGUCUGCCAUUACCAGGGGAGACAACUCCCGGAUCUGACCUAGCCAGGAUAAAAUAUUACAGGAAUAAGCUAGCUCAUCAUGAUAGUAAUACAAUAGACACCGGUUAUUUCAAUGCAGCAUGGAGUGAUAUAUCAGAUAACAAUUUCCUUAAGGCUGUUGGUAGAUUGGGAGGUCAAACAACGAACAAAGAGUGUCAAGACUUAAAGGUGAAAAUCCUAGAUCAGUCAAAUCAGGAAAUUAUAUUAGAAAUCCAACAAUCACUGGAAGAGAUGAAAGAACUGAGACAAACAAUGGACAAUUUAGGAACGAAUCACUCACUAGUGACAGAAAAUCUUAGAAUGCUACAAGAUUCCCACAACACUUUACAAACAUCCCAUAGUACUUUACAGACAGAACACUCUAAAGCCAUGGAGAAUAUGAGAGAGUUGAAAGAUUCCCAAUGUACCUUACAGGCUGAGCACUCCAAAGUCACAGAGAAUUUAAAAGACCCAAUACCCCGGAACAUCAGAGAUCAGAUGGAAAAACAGUUAGAGGACUGGGAAAAAAAAGAUAAGAUGUUUGUGUCUACGAGAGCCAGUGAUUAUGUCUUCAAAUCUUUACAUGAGAACAGUUGUGUUACUUUAACUGGCCCAGCAGGAGUUGGGAAAUCUUUCAUCAGUAGGCAUAUAGCACUCCUUCUACGAAAGAAAGGAUACAAAAUUAUGCCGGUGUAUUCACCUAUUGACAUUAGAAUGUAUUAUCAACCUGGUAAACAGACAGUGUUCUUUGUAGAUGAUAUGUGUGGAAAUUUUACUGCAAACCAGCAACAGAUUGAGAACUGGGAGCAGCUGUUGCCUGUGAUUAAAACAAUUAUUGCAGACAAGUGUUGUAAGAUUAUUGUAUCUUGUAGGUUACAAGUCUAUAAAGAUGAUAAGUUUAAAGUAUUAUCUCCUUUUAAAUCUUGUGAAUGUAACUUAAUAUCAGAUAAGUUAUGCCUUACGUCUGCAGAAAAAUCAAAUAUAGCAAGAACCUAUAUUGGGACAAGCUUGAAAGAUAUUGAUGAUUUAUCACAAACAAGUGAUUUUUUCCCACUUUUAUGCUCUUUAUUUGAUAAAACAAAAGAUCCAUACAUCAAAAAGUUUUUCACCAAACCCUUUGAUGUAUAUAAAAAUGAGCUAGACAAUUUAGGUCUGCAUGGUGAUGGAGGGAACUUAAAAAUAUGCAGUCUUGCUUUAUGUGUUAUAUUUAAUAAUCAUCUGGAAGAAAAAUGGUUCAAGGGUAAUGUGACAGUUAAACAACGACGUAUCAUAGAAGACACAUGCGAUGCAUGUGAAAUAGACAGAAAUACAUCAAAAGCAAAAUUAAAGAAAGCACUCGAUACUCUAGAGGGUACCUUUAUAUGUAAACAGAAUGGUCUGUAUAGAACUAUACAUGAUACAUUGUUUGACUUUAUUGCCCAUUACUUAAGUAAAAAAAUGAUUGAAUGCUUAAUAGAGCAUGGUGAUAGUUAUUUAGUACAUGAACGGUUUAUUUGGGAGAAAACACCAGAUGACACGAUCAGUAAUAUGGACUUCAUUAUUGAAAUACCACAUGAUCAUUUAGAAUCAUAUUUAAAAAGGUUUCUAAGUGACUGGUCGAAAGGAAAGGUUGGUGUUAUAUUCAGGACCAACAAUAUGAAAAUAUCAUUAUUUAGACAACAGUUAUUACAGCACUUGACACAACUGGACAAAUCACAGCAAGAAGCAUUGGCCAAUACCAAGGAUACAGUGAUACCGAAGGAGCAUCAUGGGUCAGGAACUACUCCACUUAUAAUACUCUGUCUCGAGGGCUAUACUGAUAUUGUACAGUGGGUAUUACAUAAUGAUGUGGAUGUUGACCAGUUUAGAGAUGAUGGGAUGACUGGGCUUUUGCUGGCAAGUCAGGAAGGACAUACUGAUAUAGUGAGGUUACUGUUAGAGAAGAAUCCUAAUGUUGAUCUAUGCAACAGUAAUUUCUGUAGUCCCCUGUACAUGGCAAGUAUGAAAGGAAAUACUAAUAUAGUGAGGUUACUAUUAGAGAAUAAUUCAUAUGUUGAUCUGUUUGACAUUAAUGGCUGGAGUCCUCUGUAUAUGGCAUGUUGGGAUGGGCAUACGGAUAUAGUCAAACUCCUGUUAGAGAGACACCCGAAUGUUGAUCUAUGUGACAAUGAUGGCCGAAGUCCUCUGUUAUUGGCAAGUAAUAAUGGACAUACUAAUAUAGUAAAGUUGCUGCUAAAGAAGAAUCCUAACGUUGAUCUAUGUGACAGUGAUGGUUGUAGUCCUUUGUACUUGGCCAGUCAGAAUGGAAAAACUGAAAUAGUGAGAUUACUAUUAGAGAAAAAUCCUCUUGUUGAUCUUUGUGACAACUAUGGCUCUGGACUCCUCUGUACAGGGCAACAUUGGAAGGGCAUACUGAUGUAG